AUGUCUAUUUCAAAAAUAAGAUUUCUUGUUAGCAGCGCAUCUUUCUAUAUACCAUUUUUGGGGCAAGUAUGGAGAUGGUUGGGUUUUACAUCAGUGGCGAAGAAGAACUUAAUCUCCUUGUUGGCUUCUGGGCAUAGUUGCAUUAUAGUACCUGGUGGAAAUCGAGAAACUCUUUUUAUGAAGCAUGGUUCUGAGAAUGUAUAUCUUAAAGAAAGAAGAGGGUUUGUUCGAAUAGCAAUGGAGUUGGGUCACCCACUUGUUCCAGUUUUCUGCUAUGGUCAGACAAAUGCUUAUAAGUGGUGGAAAGUUCCUGGUAGGUUAGUUCAGAAUCUUACAAGAUUUAUCAAGAUUAAUCCAAUAAUAUUUUGGGGAAUACUCGGAUCUCCUAUACCAUUAAAGAAUCCAUUGUAUGUCGUGGUGGGUAGACCUAUUCAUGUUAACAAGAAUCCAAACCCAACAACAGAAGAGGUUGCCAAAAUACAUAGUGAGUUUGUUGAAGCUCUUCAGAAUCUUUUUGAAAAACAUAAGGCUAAAGCUGGAUGCACAAACCUUGAGUUGAAAAUUGUUUGA